AGCCCGUUAUAUGGAGCCCCAGGGAGGGGGCGUCGGGCAGCACUCUGAGCUCGGCGGGGCCGUGUGUCCGCAGAGGUCCGGCAGCAAGCAGCCCACGACGCCGGCGGAUAACUACUACCUGGCGCGGCGGCGGACGCUGCAGGUGGUGGUCAGCUCCCUGCUCACCGAGGCCGGCUUCGAGAGCGCCGAGAAGGCCGCCGUGGAGACCCUCACCGAGAUGCUGCAGAGCUAUAUUUCUGAAAUUGGAAGAAGUGCCAAGUCCUACUGUGAACAUACAGCCAGAACGCAGCCAACACUCUCUGAUAUAGUGGUUACGUUAGUUGAAAUGGGGUUCAAUGUAGAAACACUUCCCGCAUAUGCCAAGCGUUCCCAGAGAAUGGUCAUCACUGCCCCUCCUGUGACAAACCAACCUGUGACUCCCAAAGCCCUGACAGCUGGACAAAACAAGCCACAUCCAUCCCAUAUCCCUGGCCACUUCCCUGAGUUUCCAGAUCCUCACACCUACAUCAAGACGCCAACCUAUCGGGAGCCGGUUUCUGAUUAUCAGGUCCUACGGGAAAAGGCAGCAUCUCAAAGACGCGAUGUAGAAAGAGCUCUCACACGCUUCAUGGCAAAGACAGGAGAAACACAGAGUCUCUUCAAAGAUGAUGUUAGCACGUUCCCAUUGAUUGCUGCUAGGCCUUUCACAGUACCCUACCUGACUGCUCUUCUUCCCUCCGAGCUGGAAAUGCAGCAAAUGGAAGAAACAGAUUCGUCUGAACAAGACGAUCAGACAGACACAGAGAACCUCCCCCUCCAUAUGAGCACGGAUGAUUCAGGACCUGAAAAAGAAAAUGCUUCAGUGCUACAGCAGAACACCUCCCUACCAGGCAGCCGGAAUGGGGAGGACAAUGUGAUUGACAACCCUUACCUCCGGCCAGUGAAAAAGCCCAAGAUCCGCAGAAAGAAGUGAAGUGUAGCUAGCUGACUGCUCAGAGGAAGUGGAGCCCAGUUCUCUGGCUGUCCUGGCAGAUCACCUCUGCUGCUGUGGGUGAGGGGCAUGACAGGAGACAGAAGAGGCAAUCAGGCUGGUAGAGUGGCAGAAGCAGAAAUAUGAUCUCUCUCUCUCUCCUACACUCUCAUCCUGGUUUGAAAUGCUCCCUCUUCCCCUCCACUCCUGCUGACUUGGAAUGGUGAAUCGUCAAUUCUUAAAAGCGUUGGAGGCCACUUGGUUACAGAUAGGAACUGUUCCUUCUCUUUGACUGGCUUUACUCUCUAAGGAGAAAGGGCACAAGGGUUCUUGCUGCUUAGUGCUUCCCAGCAGGCACUACAGAAUACACGGGCAUAAUUUGUUUGUGUCUGUCUCACAGAUUAGAAGAGAAUCUUCUGCAAUUGACCUCGUCUGGCCUUACAAUCUAAGGAGCAUGUGUAACAGAGACAGAAAAAGCCUAGAGAGGUUUUCUGUUUUUAAAAUGUCUGUAUUGUUGGCAGGUGAAAGCAAAUAGACUCUUCUUUUAUAAA